AUGGCACUAUUGGGCCAACUAUGUCUAGAGUUUUCCCCAUCCGAUUCGUCGUCUUCAAGUCGGGUGGAUGAACCCGAUGAUGGGAUUCCCGACCACUACGAUAUGCCCAGCGGACGGUGUGGGUGCGUCCACGACAAAGACUGCAAUGAGGCUCUUCUCUCUCGAUCUUCCUCCGAGGGAUGUUCUCCCGGUUGCGAUACGGACGUACAAGCGUGUACACCCGAUCGGUACUGCUUGGAUUCGGGCUUUGUGGUCGAUGGAGAUCCCCGCGCUAGCGGUAACAGUGCAUGCUUCCCGGCGGAUGCCAUGGUGCGAGUUCGAGGUAAUGACGAUGGAACGGUGGUCUCCAAGCGCAUGGUGGAUAUUGCGGUGGGAUCCGUGGUCGAAGCCAAACCUGGCGUCUUUGAAGAGUUCGUAUGGUGGAGUCACAAGCUUGAAAGUGGCUCUCACAUGCAGGUGGAAAUCUCGGCGGGGUCUUGUGUCGUAAGGGCGUCCCCUGGCCACUACCUGUAUGGCUAUGUUGUUGGGGGAAGAGAGCAAGAAGACAUGUCCUUGGUGGCGGCCCAAGACGUUAUGACGGGAGAGAGCGGCUGGGCCAAGUCCAGUAAGUAUCGUUGA